AUGAAGUUUGAUACAAAAGAGAGCGAGGCUGUGUUUGAAAAAGUUAUAACGCAUUUACCAGAAUUAAUUGAAUCUAAAUGUAAAGGAUAUGAUGAAAUAUAUGGCUAUAAGAUUAUACCUGGUAAUGAUGAAAAUUUGAUACAAUUCUAUGAUGAAGAUAUUGCCAAUGCUAUCAUCUUUAAGUUCUGUAAAGGUUAUAACUUCCAAUAUUCCAUUAUUAUUGAAAAGAUUAAGAAUGUUCUUAUUUGGAGACGUGAUUUCAAUCCAUUAAGUGCUGCAUAUAAAGAAGUACAUGAUCCAGAAUUAGUGGAAGUUGGUUUAUUGACUCAUUAUCCAAAUGAGGAAUCAAAUAAAAAGAUUGUUACAUGGAAUAUAUAUGGGAAAUUAGUUAAAAAGAAGCAUUUAUUUAAAGAAGCUAAUAAAUUUUUAAGAUAUAGAAUUGGACUUAUGGAACGUAGUAUAAGGCUUGUAGAUUUUACUGAUGACAAUAAUAAUUAUAUGGCUCAAGUUCAUGAUUAUAAAGGUACAUCAGUUUGGAAAAUGGAUUCAGAUAUGAAGCGUUGUGUGAAGGAUAUUAUUGCGAUCUUCCAGGAUUAUUACCCUGAGUUACUCUCAGCUAAAUAUUUCGUCUAUGUACCAACCUUUCUUGGAUGGGUCUAUGAUAUAAUUAAGAAAUUUGUUGAUGAAAGUACAAGAAAGAAGUUUGUUGUGUUAAAUGAUGGGAAGAAACUUGGUAAGUAUAUUACAUAUUGUCCUGCUGUACCUUACGGUGGUAAGGAUAAAAAAUCCCUUCAAGAACAAAAUAUAGCAGAGAUUAGACCCGGCAAAUACGCACAGUACCUGUUAGAAAAACAGAUCAUUGAAGAGGUCGAUUAG